AUGGUAACUGUCAACUCAUAUGGGCAAGUCAUAGGCGAUGCACUUCCUGAUUGGCAAGGGUGCACUUUUCCAGAUGGGAAAAUCCUGAAGGGCAAGUUUUGUCGAUUGGAGCCGUUGGACAUUGAAAAACAUGGCAGGAACUUAUUUGAAUCAUUUGCACAAAUGGGAGAUGACAGGUUGUGGACGUAUUUGCCCUUGGGCCCUUUCAAAAAUUAUGAAGAGUUUGAAAACUACUAUUUAAAACUGUUACAAGAUAAAGGCACAGUCCACUUUGCAGUCUUGAACCCCGUGACUAACUUUCCCAUCGGCGCUAUAGCAUUGAAGAGGAUCGAUGCUAAGUAUGGCACCACGGAAUUAGGUUUUGUGGUUUUUUCGCCGGCACUGCAACGAACCCCUAUGGCUUCUGAGUGCCACUUUUUGCUGAUGAGAUAUGUGUUUCAAGACUUGGGGUUCCGGAGGCUGGAGUGGAAGUGUGACAGGUUGAACGAGCCUUCCAUAAAAUGUGCUCAGCGAUUGGGAUUUCAAUUCGAGGGAACCUUUCGUAACGCAGAAGCAUACAAGGGCCGCUCUAUCGACACUAAUUGGCUGUCAAUAACUGACUACGAAUGGCCAGUUAUUCACAGGAGCUUUGAGGCCUGGCUACAUGAUGCCAACUUCGUGGAUGGGAAGCAGCAAAAAAGAUUGGUUGAUAUCAGAAUGGCCAUAGCAGCUGGAGGUGCUGAACGUAACUAA